GAGAAGACUUGUUGCACAAGCACCCACUUUGCUUAUGCUUUUGUUCAACCGUCCAAGAACGGUAAACCUUUAAAACUCCUCUUCAACAACUCUCCAUGUUCAAAGAAACAAAGUUGAGAAAUCAUGAAGAGAGAAGGAUGGCAGCAUGGUGUUCUCAUGGUGAGGAAACCCUCCCUCAACCUCGCCGACCGCUCAGCCAACUCCGACACUGGCAGCUUCUACAUGAAGGCUCCGUCAAGGCCUAGCAACCGCUCCAAGCAAACCGUCAAGUGCCAGAGGCCUCGGUGUGCCGAGUGCCACUCUCUCCCCAUGUCUAAAUCUAGAGACAAGGCAAAAGGUGCGCACAAACUGAAGUCCUGCAACGUGAAGCUGAACCACAAGCUUGUUUCAUGGAGAGUGGUCGAUGACAGGCGGUGGCCAAAGUUUUCUGGUGCAUCGGCCAGUGAUCUGUUGGGUCAGUUGUCUGGCUGUUAUUGGAACGAAGAAGAUGAUCAUGAAGAUGAGGUUGAAGAACAAGGUGAUCAAUUUCUUGAGUGUGCUGAUUUUGAUGUGGGAGGAUGUAGUGAUGGAAAGGAAGAUGAGGAAGAUUUCAAGGAAGAUGAGGAUGAAGAAGAUGACAUGGGCUUCUGUGAGGUUGGUUUUAUUACGGAAUAUUUAGAAAGAGAAGAUUGGUGCAUGGUGUAUGAGAUUUGAUUGGUGGGGGAGGGGAGAUUAUAGUUUAAUUUGGGUGAAUGUCUUAUGUGUAUGUUUAUGUAUAUUACUAACUUUUAUAAUAAUGUAUAGAUAUUGUUUCAUUCCACAUGGCAGUUUGUACUGGGUUAUACCAGACCAGAUCAUUCAUAGAUCUUUCCUCAAUGCAAAUUUAAUUUCUUGCAUUAAGAAGCUUAAU